UCAGACUCACUUUGGUGCCAGAGUAGUUCACCUUUCACUCAAUCCAAUGCUGUAUCUCCUAAUCUCUUGUGUCUCCUUCAUUCUUGUUUCCAAGUCCAUGACUAACAAGCAACCAUGGCAGGAGGGUCAGCUCAAGUUGUUCUCAAUUGGGUUAUCAACUCUCCUAAUGAACUGGUUCCAGAAGAGUAGGCUUCAUACAGGUUUAUUGCAACCCAUUAGCUUCAGAGUUAAACACAUGGUGAUGAAGAGUUCAGGUUCAAGAGAAGUUUUGGAGAAUGUGGAUCAGGAGCAACCAGGUGGUCAUGUUUGUCUAUUGGACUUGCCUGAUUUGACAAUGGAGUGCAUUCUUGAGAAGCUUUCCCCAUCUGGGUUGUGCAGUAUGGCUGGAGUUUGUACUUCUAUGAGGGAUAGGUGCAUACGUGACCAUUUUUGGGAGAAGCAUAUGAAGCAGAAAUGGGGUAAACUGAUUGGGGCUGCUGCUUAUAGAGAAUGGGAGUUGCAGCAUACGGAUUCAGCAAGAAGAAGAAACAACCAGUCUGAUCAAACCAAGAAGAAAAGUGUAUUUGACUCCCUUUCUGGGUUGUUGCAGUUUUGUUCAUGGGUGAUCAGACCAAAAUUACAAAGCUGCAGGGUGAAGACUACUAGUGCUACUACUUUGCCGGUUGAUUCUGUCAUGUCUUUAUAUCUUUCUCUUGAAAUAGGGGACUUCUGGUUCCCAGCUCAGGUCUAUAACCGUGAGAAUGGUAAUGUAGGCUUUAUGUUGUCUUGUUAUGAUGCACAAUUGAGAUACGAUUCGGGAUCAGACACUUUUCAAGCAAGGUAUUCACCUUAUGGGAGGAGGACAAUGGAGGAAAAUAUACCAUGGGAUAGAAUAAGAGCUGCUCCAGUUGAUACUCCCUCACAUAUGCUUCAUGUCUCUGAUUGUUUACAUGACUUAAAACCUGGUGAUCAUAUCGAAAUCCAAUGGAGAAGAAGCAAGGAAUUCCCUUAUGGUUGGUGGUAUGGUGUCAUUGGCCACUUCGAGUUGUGCAACGGGAGUGAGAAUCAUUGCCAUUGUCACUACAAUGAUACAGUAGUACUGGAGUUCAGUCAAUAUACCCCUGGCUCGCGGUGGAGGCAAAUGAUGAUAAACCGAAAAUACCACCGAGAAGAGGGGAACGAGGCAGAUGGUUUCUAUGGAGGAAUUAGAAAGCUUUACAAUGUAGAAGAAAUUGCAAAGUGGAAGCUCCUAUGGCCUAACCAAGUCCUGGAAUAAAUAUUCCUCUCUCACUCAAGUCUGAUUCCUAAAUAAAUACUGAGAAUGCUUUUGUUUUUGCUAAUGAAUUGUGAUUGAAAAGCUUAUAGUCAGGGACCUUGGAUUGAUUAGGAAAUAGUUGGGGUGUAGCUUAUACUUCUGUAAAUCAACGUCUAAUGAAGUAGUCAUAUUUAGAGAAUCAAGCUAAUACCUAUCAGCUUCAGAACAUUA